CAACACCACCUCCACCUCCACCUCCUCCUCCUCUGCCUCCCUCAGUACUUCCACUCUUCUCAUCCCGUCUCCCCUGCUCGCUCGCUCAGAGCCACAGACGCUCCUCCAGCUCUGUGCAGCGCGGCGUGCGAACAUGGUCGGCGGCUCCUGUGCUCGCAAGCUGGCCCGUCGGUCUCGGUCCGCCCUGAUCGCAGCCCUCACCGUGCUGCUGGUGCAGACCCUCAUUGUGUGGAACUUCAGCUCCCUCGACUCCGGCGAAGAGCGAGAAAACGCAGGCUCCAGCGUGCGAGAGAAGAGGGACCGGGUGGCGGGCAGCAGAGCCGCCGGCAGCGAGUAUCUCCAGCGCGGAGACCAGCAGCAGCGGCAGCCCGGGCAGCAGCAGCAUCUUCCUCCUCCGGGGAGGGGGACGUCUCGUCACAUACAGCAGCCGGACGGGUAUUACUCCCAUCGGCCGAAGGAGAAAAACAGAGUUGACAGCAACAAUGAGAACUCGGUGCCGAAAGACUUUGAGAACAUAGAUAAUAGUAAUUUUGGUGCCCGUUCGCACCGGCAAUCUGUAGGCGCCACCAGCAGCAAGCAGCGGGAGCGUGUGCAAGGGAAGCCCCACACCCAGCAGCAGGCGUGGCACGACAGCUCCCCCAGACUGGGCCGCAGCUCCAAUGAGAUUUUGCCCAUAGGCCACCAGUCCCUAGAACUGGGAAACAAUGCCUCCUAUCCUGGUGGCCAGAGCAUCGCCGGAGGCCUGCAGCAGCAGCACACUCGUGCCUCAAUUGACCAGCCUGGCCAGUCCCAGCACAGACAUCAGCAUCCACACAGGAAGCAGGCGACUACACCAACACUGGAGGUGACGUAUGAUCAGCCUCCGCAAUGUGAGAUCAGCGGCAAGGAAGCCAUUUCUGCCCUGUCCAGAGCCAAGAGCAAGGAGUGCCGGCAACAGAUUGCUGAAGUCUACUGUAGACACAAAGAGGGCCAGCUAAUGCCUGAUGCAGUAACUCGUUAUUGCCCUAUUGAAGGUAAAGCCAAUGUGAACAUCCAGUGGGAUGAAGACUCUGUGGAGAGCUUUCCAUUGAAACCAGUGAGAAUAGCUUUUGUUCUGGUGAUUCACGGACGAGCCUCUCGCCAGUUCCAACGUCUCUUCAAAGCCAUCUACCACACCUCUCACUUCUACUACAUCCACAUCGACCAGCGCUCCAACUACCUGCACAGGCAGGUGCAGGCCCUCGCUUCUCAGUAUCCCAACGUGAGGGUGACGCCCUGGCGCAUGGCCACCAUCUGGGGGGGAGCCAGUUUGCUGACCAUGUACCUGCGCAGCAUGGCUGACCUGCUGGCCAUGAGGGACUGGGGCUGGGAUUUUUUCAUCAAUCUCAGCGCUGCCGACUAUCCUAUCAGGAACAAUAACCAGCUGGUGGCGUUCCUGUCCAAGUACAGAGACCUGAAUUUCAUUAAGUCCCACGGCCGGGACAAUGCCAGGUUCAUCCGUAAGCAGGGUCUGGAUCGCCUCUUCUAUGAGUGUGACACUCACAUGUGGAGGCUGGGUGACCGAAAAAUCCCAGAAGGCAUCUCUGUGGACGGCGGCUCUGACUGGUUCCUCCUCAACCGCAUGUUUGUGGAAUAUGUGAUCAACUCCAAGGACGAUCUGGUCACCAACAUGAAGCGAUUCUACGCGUACACGCUGCUGCCUGCUGAGUCGUUCUUCCACACUGUGCUAGAGAACAGCGCCCACUGCGAGAGCAUGGUGGACAACAACCUGCGCAUCACCAACUGGAACCGUAAACUGGGCUGCAAGUGUCAGUACAAGCACAUUGUGGACUGGUGUGGAUGCUCGCCCAAUGACUUCAAGCCUUCAGACUUUCACCGCUUCCAGCAAACGGUGCGGCCCACCUUCUUUGCCAGGAAGUUUGAGGCCAGCGUGAACCAGGAGAUAGUGAACCAGCUGGACGCCUACCUGUUUGGACCGUUUCCUCAGGGGACGCUGGGACUGAACUCGUACUGGGAGAAUGUUUACGACGAGCCAGAUGGCGUCGCCAGCCUGUCGGACACGCUGCUCACGUAUUACCACUCCUUCACGCGGAUGGGCCUGGUGAGGGCUGCGGCCUCGCUUCAGGGGAACCUAAACGAUCACAGCUGCAGGUAUUUCCCAAUGGGCCACCCUGUGUCAGUGCAUCUCUACUUCCACCUAGACCAGUUCCAGGGCUACCUGGUCAAGCACCAUGCCACCAACCUGGCAACAAGCAAGCUGGAGAUCAUGGAGACCUGGGUGGCACCAAAAAGGAACUUUGAGCUGACCUCGCUUCCAGGCAGCACAUUCAGCCGGCUUCAGUUUGCCGAGAUUGGCACAGAGUGGGACGCUAAAGAGCGCAUGUUCAGGAACAUCGGCGGCCUGAUGGGCCCCAUGGAUGAGACGGUAGGCAUGCAGAAGUGGAACAAAGGGCCAAACGUCACAGUCACUGUGGUCUGGAUCGACCCCACCAACGUCAUCGCAGCCACCUACGACAUCCUGAUCGACGCGAGUGCAGAGUUCACCCACUAUCGUCCGCCACUCAACCAGCCGCUGCGACCCGGAGUCUGGAACGUCCGAAUCCUACAUAACUGGAGCCCUGUGGCCGAGAUUCGUUUCCUUAUCGUUCCGCUGGCCUAUAGCAAGCACCAGCCUAUAAGACAAGAGGACACGCUGAGGCUCCACAACGGGCCAGCAAAGAACAGCUACAUGGAGCAGAGCUUCCACGGCCUGAACCCGGUGCUCAACAUCCCCGUCAGCUUGGCUUACGUGGAGCAAGCCAAGAGGAACGCGGCCCUCACCGGACCGGAGCUCGAGGGCUGGGUAGACGGCCUCGUGGGAGAGCUGUGGGAGGCCGCCGACAUCUGCGCCGUUGGCCUCACCGCCUGCCCCGUCAUGCAGCCCUGUGCCAAGAGCCCUUGGAGCUCCAUGAGCCCGGAUCCCAAAUCCCAACUGGGAGCGCCGCACCCCAACGGCCGCAUAAGGUAGCAGCGAGGCCUCCAGCUGGACGGGAGGCCGUGACACUUUGGUUUUAUUUAUUCGAGAGGCUUAUUGCAAGGGGUAGGGGGAGGGAGGAAGAGGAGAAGCUCUUCCUCUGCACCUCUGAGCAGAAGCAAAUGAAAAAAGGUGGCGUCCAUCAGCGUGCUGUGGGUAAGGCUGUCUUAAAAGCGAGGGGAAGCAUUUCUCUGAACCUCCCACAGAGUUUAUUCCUUGAGGGGAUUUUGCUGGCUUUGCUAUUUCACUUUCUCAGUGUAUUUAUUUUUCUUUUCAUGGCUGAGUUUUACUGUGAUAAAACGUUGCAAUUUUGGAGCUUUUUACUGUGCAGCCCAAUGAAUUGCGACGCCCUGCUUUUGGGCUGUGUGGCCAUGCGAGUCUGAACUGUCGACACUGCUGCAACGAAGCCUUAGUGGGAAGAGAUUCACCAGGAGGUAGCCGAGCACUGAUACAAACCUGGCUCCUAAAACCUCAUCAACAGAAACACUAUGACAACAACUGACCGAUAAGCACCCCUAAACAGAUUAGUAACAUUUUGUGACAGCUCAGAUUUUAUUUAUUAGAUAAACACACCAGCCCUUAUAUCUAUCUAUAUAGAGGCACCCCUGGUAAGGAUAUGUAAGAAGCCUUAAAAAAAAAAAAAGUACAUCUCUUACUGGAGUAAUAUAAUCUCCUGAUGAAAAAUGUUCCAAGUGUGUUUUUGGAUAUUUUUAUUUACCUCUUUGCCAUCCCCCUCACUCUGCAUGUUGGCAAUUUAGCUGUGCUUUUCAUGCAACCUUUUUUGUCACACUACCAGCUGUUUUAAGCUUUUUUUAUUUAUCACGCCGACUGUAGACAUGAGGGUCGUCAUGAUGGUAAAGUUUCAACUCAACAACAUUUAAUAUCAAUUUUUGAUUGUUUCUCUAAAAGCAAAGGAUUCUUUUUAAUACAGAUCAAAUGUAACGAAUUGCUCAGUGGCAAUAUUUCUCAUUGUACACACAACCGAUAAAUAAUUAGUAAUUCAGAAAAAAAAACAACUUUUAUUUAAAUUUCUUUUUGUUUAGCAAAAACUGAACUAGAACACCUAAAAAUGUAAAAGUGUUUAAGGAAGAAUUCAGAAUUCAUCCGUGCAAUCAAUUGGAAGAAAAAUGUUUUUAACAUUGUAAUCCAGGAUCUGAAUGGAUGUUCUGGGUUUUUUGCUCUUUCGUACCAUUUCGUACCAAACUCCUUACUAACUGGGAGCUUUUCUGAUCUGCAAAAUUGGCAGAUUUUUAAACUUCCAGCAGCAUAUUGUUUCAACCUGGAUAGUUCAGGUGAGCCGCAGCAGGAAGGGGAGGGACUGAGUGUCUGCAUUUCCACAGCGCUGCUGUGCGAAGUUGUGAGACAAGUUGGGGAGAUGAAAGUUGCUCAGUUGGUAUCUGCUGUGACGCAAAUAGCACCUAACUUCCUUUUUUAUGUUGAUCAUAUUUAAAUAUUGUUUAUCUUGACAAUCCCUGUAGACAUGGACAGCCUUAGGCAAGUAACACAUCUGCCUUACUUGGUUUGCAUUUUGAACAGUCAGGCCAGAAAUUAGUAUUUCUAACAUCCCAUUUACGAAGAUAAAUUUCCAGACUUUAUGAUCAAUUUUAAAAAGAAGUAAUGAAAACUUAUUCAGUUUCACAGGGAUUUAAUUUAAUUUUUAAAUUUGUAUUUUUUUUUUCUUUUCUUUUUACCAGGGGUGCCGAUUAAUGUGUGGGGCGCUGUAAAAUCACACAUUUCUGCAGUUGAGUGCCUGAUUAGGUUUCAGAGCAGCUGUGGCUGGUUUUGUUUUGUUGGGAUAAAAAUGCCUUUUUUGAAUAAUUAGUUAAUUGGAAAAAAUAUAUAUUACACACAAAAAACCUGCUUGUAGACAUUUGUAAGUUGUGUUACUUUGUUUUUAGAUUUAACAUUUACAUAGAUUAGACUCUUUUUUUCACAACAGCCAGGGUUUAUGACAGGCAGAAAAGAAGAAAGUAAUAGUUUCUUCUUUUCUUAAUUCAAUCUGCCUCAAACUUGAAACUAAAUUACCUUAAGCUAACUUUAAAAGUCUUGUGCUUGUUGAGUUUAUUCCAGUCAUUUCACAACGCCUAAUGUUGUACAUAAUUAUUCAAGUAUCUUCAAAAUUGUAUGAGUGAGGAAGAGGUAUUGUUAUUUAUUUCUAAGUUUAUAUUAAUACUGAUAUUUUUAGUCAGUGACUAAAUAACUGCAACGCUGCCUUGGCAGCAUGAUGAGUAUUUUUUUGUAAUGAAAGCCGCCUUUAUUUACAAAGGCCAUCACCCCGAACUUAAUAUUGUACGUUUUUAUGGCCCGCACUUGUGUGUGUGUCUAUGUUGUCCUGUCUGAAUAAGACCUUCUCGUCCCGGUUUCUUUCAUGGCUGUUUUCAGUGAAGCUCACAAGAGAAAAACGGUGCCUGAACUUUUUAACGUUUUGUCAUGUUACAAGCACAAACUCAUCUACAUCGUGCUAUUAUGUUAGCCCAACACUUUGCAAUGCUCAGUUACGAAGUGAAAGGAAAUAAGAUGCUUGAUUUUGUUUUAUGUCUGAGAUUGAAAUAUUUGCCUAUUUUUUUCAACGUAGCUCAGGCCGCAGGGCUCUGCAUAUUACAGUCUGUGACAAAUACUGCGCCAUGUCUCCACAUACUUGCUUUAAUCAUGUGAUUCCCAAUAGACAUCGUCUUGUGUUUUUUAGUAACUUUAUACAGUAUUCCAGUAAUAAUAUAAAGUUCAACCUAUCUGUCCACACAUAUGGGCCUCCUGGCGCCAUGUUUAAUUUUUAACAGGAAGUUGUUGUUAUUUGUAAACAUUCUGAUUGGCUGAUAUAGGUUUUAGCUUUGCGUUACACUGCCCCCUAUGGGUUUGGCAUGUUUAAAGCAACGUCCAGUGGCGUAUUUGUGCAGGUUCACGUGAAUGAAAGCUUUUCUGAAACCGUUCCUGUGCGUACAAGGCCUCAGAUUGAAUGUGGAGUAUCUGUGAACAGCAAUUUUUGAGUUAUUCUACAGAUUCUCAAAUGGAUUUAGUCCUGAACUUUGACUGGGCAAUUUUAACACAAGAAUACGCUUUGAUUGACCCAUUGUAGCUCUGGCUAUAUUCUUAGUCGUUGUCCUGCUGAAAGGUGAGCAUCCAGCUCACUUUUUAAGUGUCUCGCUUCCACAAUUUAGCAUCUUUUGAGCAAAUCCAACUAAGUUAUUUGUCUGUAGCGAAGAAAAGCACCCUCACAAUGUUGUCUCUUGCAUGUCGGCCAAAAGAUUUAAUUUUUCUUUCGUCCCACCCAGAGCUCCUUUCUCCACACGUUUGCAUCGUUCCCUAUAUAACACAAAUGCCACUUCUUAAACGAGCUUUCUCCUUUCCACUGGUCCAGAUUUGUUUCCACUUCACAGUUUUUCAUUUCUUUGUGUUGCGUUAAAUGUUAAUUAAAUACAUUAUAGUUUGUGGUUGUAAUGUGACAAACUUGGAAAAAGUUUCAAUCUUGCAGAGCACUGCAUCUGUAGGAAAAAUAGAAACUGUCCUCAUAAGCAAAUACUCUGGACAACGUGUGGACUUGAGAAAGGAGAAACUGUGUUUUGGUGUUGUUUCCGAAUGACAGUGAGUGGUUGUAGUUUUCAUGCUGUGACAAAAAAUGUACAAUUUCAAGUGAAUAUUAUAUUGUAUCUUGAGUGCAAAAAAUUAAUAAUUUAUUAGACAUGGCACCUUGUCAGCUCUGCUCUCUUUAAAGUACCUUUUCUUUCAUCAAGACAAUCUCCGGACACUUGCGUCAACUUAACCACACUCGGGACGGCAACUGAUCCUGAACAAGGAGUUCAGUCACAUAUUUGCUUUACCUUGAAAAACAGUUUCAUCUGAAGCCAAUUAGGUUUUCAAUCUGCGAUUGUCAGCAUUGUUUAGUCAUCACAUGAGCUAAAUGAGUGGUUUUGCACAGGCUAAUGAAGAGACAUUACUGUUCAUUAACGUCAAGUUCACCUUGCCUCUCUGUCAGAUGGGGAGGAUUAUAACUGCUGUCUCUCUUCCCUUUCAAAUCGACUGUUUCUGGUGUGAAACGUCCUCAUUCUGACCGCCGUGCUCUGAACCGCUGCGUCACACACACACAGUACUUAUUACGCUGUAAGCUCAUUGGCAGGUUUGGAUAAAAUUAAUUCAAUGUAACUUAAUGUGAAAAGUCAUAUUUUGUAACAAAAUGAUUAACAAAUGAAGAUGUACUGUAUAUAGGUAUUUUGUAUUGAAAUGUUGUUUCAAAAGAACACCAUUAGUGUAAAUACAGAGGUGGCGAAUUGACACUGAAGUGUGAAGAGUUGUUUUUUUUGUUUUUUUCCAAAGUGUCGCUAACUGGACAAAAAGAGUGAAUUCAGUGUUUUAUCAAGUAAAAGACAUAAGAUGUUUCAGUAUUUCCGACUGCUGAGAAAAGGCAUCCUUUGCCUAUACGUGUCCCAGAGAAUCCAGAUUGUUGUUGUUCUUGCUGGAAUGUAUUGUUGAGCAUCUGUUGCACAAAUAUCUCUGACUCAUCAUGUCCCCCGUGUUAUUUUAUUCAGAGAGGCUCAGUGUGCCUUAGCUGAUUUUUAGAACCUUCUCUGUCCAUUACAGAAAUUUUUGUUUAGUUUUUUUUCUUUUUUUGUCUUUUUGACCUCAUGUGAAGAAAGCCAUGAGUCCAUCAAGUGAUCUAUCAGUUACUCUGACACCAAAUUGAUGUCUGCUGUUGUAUAUAUCAUCAGGCCUUCUCUUGCUGUGAUCGACUUUUCUUUCUUUUCUUUUUUUUUCUUGUUCCUCCCUUUUGGGAAUUUGUUUGAUCAAAAUGGCUUGUUUUACUUUUCUUUGACUGCUUUUUGGAAAUAAAAUUCUGUAAAACAGCAGCUCAUGUGGAUGUGUGAUGUACCGCGGUCUACAGCACUGAACCUCUAAUGAGCAGCAAUUUACCAAGAACGGUUCUUGUUCCAACCUCUCUCUAUGGGUUGCCUCCUCCGAUCUGUGGACCUGUAGGUUAAUUGUUUCCUGUUAUGGGUCUGCAGGGUUAGCAAAUGGUGUUUUAUUUGCUAAAUGCCAGGAUCAUAAAAAAUUAUUUUGGUGAUCCUAACUGACCUACAAUGCAGUAAAUAUGUGAUAUGAACUGGAUGUAUUAUUAAAAAGGAUGGAUUCAUA